AUGCCGACACCUCGCAGACGCGCACUCUCCAUGUCAGGGGACUUACAAGAGGACCAAAAGACGCUGGCCCAGCCUCGCUCAGCGCUUCUGAGCAAACUACCGUUGGAGAUUCGGCGCAUGAUCUAUGAGAUGGCUCUGGGAGAACAGACUAUACAUGCUUAUUCUGAAAGUAUCGAAUAUCUCUACAAAAGCAACGAGUUCUUCAUGUCCACGGACUUGGAAGACUUUCCAACAGCAGGCUAUCUCUGCUACUUCUUCCAGCCCCAACGUAUCGUGCAAAUCAGCAAUCUUAACAUCGAAUGGGACCUUGAUCGCAAUCAAUACUUCCAAGUCAACUUGAUGCCUGCGCAUCACCGAGUUGAGUGGUACAGAUUGUGGGAUGGGCUCAGUAAGAUGACUGGUCUCAAGAAAUUGCACAUCAAGUUGUACUUCUGUCUCGACCUCUGGCAGGGCUGUUAUGGUGAAUUUUGGGAACAGAACAGCAAGGAGAUUCUGCAGCCUGUCAGGAAAAUCACGGCCCCCAGAGACUUUGUCAUCACUCUUCCAAAUUGGCGAUGCUCCACUGAGAUUGAUACCGGCGAAUCCAACUGCGUCUUCCAGCUACCAGAGAGGGACGACCAGGAAAGCAGCGCGUCCUGA